ACACUGCAUACCCUAAGACUGGAAAAUAAUUAAGUCAAAGGAGAAGGGGUGGUUUCGUAAAUAAAUGGUGUUUUGGUUUAAUGACGAAAUGACCAAAUUACCCCUACAAUCUUCAUCCUUCCUGUUCUUGAGAUGGCCGGAGAUGGAGAGAUCUCUUGUUCGUUGUUUUAUGGCCGUCGUGGUAACGCUUUAUUCUCUCGGUCGUGGUUGCCUAUUUCCGACGAACUUAGGGGGAUUUUGAUUAUUAUCCAUGGAUUGAAUGAACACAGUGGAAGAUAUUCUCAAUUCGUUAAGCAGUUAAACUCGAGUAAUUUGGGUGUAUACGCAAUGGACUGGAUUGGUAUGAAGACGAAAUAUUGUUCUUUUCAUUAUUCAUAUUGGAUCGAUUGCUGAAGCUUCGGGAUGAUGGCGAGACGAAGAUCGGAGAAAGAGGAGUGGAUGGUGGUCAUGUGCCAUUUUCUCUAUUUUGGAGGGUAUUUUCGUCCGAAAGUUUAUGGUGUGCCAGUUUCUCUCUCUUGUUUUACAAAGAAAAAAACUUGUGUAUGCCACACCUAAUUAUUUCUCAAAUAAUUAGCAUGCAGCUAAUUGACUCUUAAAAAUUUGA